AUGUCAUCAAAUUUAUAUUCUUUCUCAUCAGAAACCCUAGCUAGGUUGAAAAAAUUUAGAUUUCAAAGUGCUAGAGUUAAUAAUAUACAAGCAUUAAUAUAUACAAUCGACAAAGAUACAUAUGAAGUUAAAGAAGAUGAAGAUAUAGAAGAGAAUCCAUUAAACUCAAUAGAAGAUUUAAUUCAAGAAUUACCAGACAAUGCACCAAGAUAUAUAAUAUUAUCAUAUCCAUUGAAAACAAAAGAUGGUCGACUACAAAUACCUUUGGUCAUGUUAUACUGGUUGCCUCCAACAACUCCAAAUGAUAAAAAAAUGUUAUUUGCUGGUGCAGUUGAAAAUUUCAGAGACAAAGCUGGUGUAUCAAAAUUAAUCAAAAUAUCUGAUGAAGAGGAGUUCGAAGAUUUGGAAACUCAAAUAUCCUAA